AUGUCUCAAGGCGGAAGUGAGGAAGCACCAAUAGACACCAAAUUGAACAUUCAAGCUCUGCAACAACAAUUCCAGCGGAUGAAUGCCCAACUUGAAGAAAUCCGAGAACGAUUAGAUCAUAAUGACCAACAAGUGAAUCAAAUACAGCAAGGCACUAUGCCACGAGGGAGAAGGCAAAAUAGGCGUCCCUCCAUUCCUCCAGCUGAUCAUGUUGAUACUUAUGAAGGUGAAAAUGAAGAAUUUGAUGAUGAAACCUCCCUAGCUUCCAUACGAAGACAAAGAGAUCAUAGACCAAGACGACAUCGCCAGCACAUGCAUCAAAAUAGAGAUGUUGUCGAUCGCAACACAGGUUCGAUUAAACUUUCUCUCCCACCUUUUCAAGGUAAAAAUGAUCCUGAUGCUUACAUUGAAUGGGAAAGAAAAGUGGAACUUGUUUUCGAUUGUCAUAACUAUUCGGAGGAAAAGAAAGUUAAGCUUGCAGCUGUUUCUUUUACUGACUAUGCAAUUGUUUGGUGGGACCAAUUGGUUCUAAGUCGAAAAAGAAACCGAGAGAUUCCAAUUGAUAAUUGGGAUGACAUGAAAGCUACCAUGAGGAGAAGGUUUGUUCCUUCACACUAUUAUAGAGACUUACAUUUGAAGUUGCAAAGUCUUAAACAGGGAACAAAAUCUAUUGAAGAAUACCAUAAGGAGAUGGAAAUAACCAUGAUUCGUGCCAAUGUUGAAGAAGAUAGAGAGGCAACAAUGGCUAGAUUCAUUUGUGGUCUCAAUCGUGAGAUUGCGAAUGUUGUGGAACUACAACAUUAUGUGGAAAUUGAAGAUGUGGUCCACAUGGCUAUGAAAGUUGAGAGGCAACUUAAAAGAGGACGAAGAUCAUCAUCCAAGCAUGAAGCUGCUGGUUCAUCUAAUUGGAAGUCCAAAUGGAGUCCUACUCCAAAACAAGAAGAAAAUCCUACUUCUAGUCCUAAAGAAGAAAAAACUAUGACCAAACAAUCUGAAAAAGGUACUUCUUCCAACCAAACUCAAAAAAAUCGUGAUAUUAAAUGCUUCCGAUGUCAAGGCUUUGGUCAUAUUUCUUCUCAAUGCCCAAACAAGAGAACCAUGAUCUUGCUAGAUAAUGGGGAUAUUGUUUCUGAAGAAGAAAAUGAUAAAGAGUCUAUGCCACAACUUGAAGAUGCUAGUGAUAUAGAGCAGGCUGUUGUUGGUCAAGCCUUAGUUGUUCUUAGAGCCCUCCAUGUUCAAGCUCAAACAGACAAUGAUGAACAACAACGUGAGAAUAUCUUUUACACUCGCUGCCAUGUCAAUGAAAGAGUUUGUGGUUUGAUAAUUGAUGGUGGAAGUUGUGUGAAUGUGGCAAGCAAGCUGAUGGUGGACAAGCUAGGAUAUUCUGAUGAAGUCCUCUGUGAUGUGGUUCCAAUGCAAGCAAGUCACAUAUUGCUUGGAAGACCUUGGCAAUUUGAUAGGCGUACCCUCCAUGAUGGUUACAAAAAUAAGUACAGCUUUACCAAGAAUGGCAGAAACAUCACUUUGGCUCCUUUACCCCCUCAUCAAGUUCUUGAAGAGCAAAAUCAAAUCAAGAAAUCUGUAGCAACCAGUGCUAAACAAAGUAAGGAUGAAAAUGAGAGUUCAAAAGAAAUUGAAUUUCAAGAUGUUUUUCCAGAAGAGAUGCCACCAGGAUUGCCACCAAUUAGAGGCAUUGAACAUCAAAUUGACCUAGUUCCGGGUGCCCAAAUUCCAAAUAGACCAGCUUAUAGAUGCAGCCCCGAAGAAGCAAAAGAAUUGCGAAGACAAGUUGAAAAGUUGAUGAACAAAGGUCAUGUUAGAGAGAGCAUGAGCCCAUGUGCUGUUCCAGUUUUGCUAGUUUCCAAGAAAGAUGGAACUUGGAGGAUGUGCAUUGACUGCCGUACUAUCAACAAAAUAACGGUAAAGUAUUAUUAUCCUAUUCCCCGUCUUGAUGACAUGCUUGAUGAACUCCAUGGUUCCACUAUCUUUUCUAAAAUUGAUUUGAAAUCUGGAUAUCAUCAAAUUCGAAUGAAAGAGGGAGAUGAGUGGAAAACUGCUUUUAAAACAAAACAUGGACUUUAUGAGUGGUUAGUUAUGCCCUUUGGAUUAACUAAUGCACCCAGCACUUUUAUGCGCUUAAUGAAUCAUGUCUUGCGGAAGUUUAUUGGAAAAUUUGUGGUUGUCUACUUUGAUGACAUAUUGAUUUACAGCAAGAACUUGCAUGAACACUUAGGGCAUUUAAAGAAUAUUUUAUUUGAGCUAAGAAAAGAGCAAUUGUAUGCUAACCUUAAGAAGUGUACAUUUUGUUUGGACAAAGUUGUAUUUCUUGGCUUUGUUGUAAGUACUAGAGGUGUAGAAGUUGAUGAAGAGAAGGUAAAGGCAAUCAAAGACUGGCCUACACCAACUACCAUCACUGAAGUUAGGAGCUUCCAUGGCUUGGCGGGAUUCUACCGAAGGUUUGUUCCAAACUUUAGCACUAUAGCUGCUCCAUUGACAGAAAUCAUCAAGAAAAGUGUUGAAUUCAAAUGGGGUGCUGUCCUAAUACAAGAUAAGAGACCCUUGGCUUACUUUAGUGAGAAGUUGAGCGGAGCUGCCUUGAACUACUCCACCUAUGACAAAGAACUCUAUGCAUUGGUGAGAGCAUUAGAGACGUGGCAACACUACCUAUGGUCAAAGGAGUUUGUUAUUCACACCGAUCAUGAAUCUUUGAAGCAUUUGAAGAGCCAAGGUAAGCUUAAUCGAAGGCAUGCUCGUUGGGUUGAGUUUAUUGAGAUGUUCCCAUAUGUUGUCCAAUACAAGCAAGGUAAAAAUAAUAUUGUUGCUGAUGCGUUAUCAAGAAGGUAUAUUCUUCUAUCUACUCUUUCAGCAAAGUUUUUGGGGUUUGAACAUAUCAAGGAGUUGUACCCACAAGAUUCUGAGUUUUCAACAGUUUUUGAAGCUUGUGAAACAAAACCUUUUGAAAAAUUUUACAAGCAAGAUGGGUACUUAUUUCGGAAAAAUAAGCUUUGCGUUCCGAAGUGUUCUUUACGUGAGCUUCUUGUCAGGGAGUCUCAUGAGGGAGGAUUAAUGGGACAUUUUGGUAUUUUUAAAACUCUGGAAAUUUUGAAAGAACAUUUCUUUUGGCCUCACAUGAAAAGAGAUGUUCACAGAAUUUGCAACAGAUGUGUCACUUGCAAAAAGGCCAAAUCAAGAGUGAAGCCUCAUGGAUUAUAUAAAGCUUUACCUAUUCCUAGUCACCCUUGGACUGAUGUUUCUAUGGAUUUUGUUUUAGUGUCUUUGGUCCGCCGAAAGCUGAUUCCUUCGUACGUCCUUUUCUUGUCCUCUGCUGGUGGAGAUGCCAUCCGUCAGAGUGACGUGACAUUGCUUGCUCUACUGCAACAUGCCUCUCUUUCUGAAGAAGAGGAAGAUGAGAUGGUGUCUAUUUCAUCAUCUGCAUCAGAAAUAUCAGAAUCUAUUUCCUGA